CAACUUCAUUCACUGUCCCGUUUAUACGUAGGCAGCUUGAGGAGCUGUAUGGUGUCGCGGUAGUUUCGUUUUAAAUGUGAAGUGUUCAUCAUUCUUUGCAGUCGAGAAAUAUUUUUACUCCCCGAAUUCGUUCGGUCAGUCAUUGCGUUUUAUCGGAUUUGCAGUGCGUGGUAGUGCCGAAAACAGUGUUCAAUUCUUUCGUUGUAAUUAGUACCGAUAUAAUCAUGUGCUCGAUGUAAGAAAAAGUGCCCUUUUGAGCAGAACGCAGAAAGAAUCUGAAAAUGUUAAUUGAUCUGUAGCAGAUCUAGCAAAUGAGUGUGAGAAGGGUGUUCGAAUGAGAAAGCAACGAGACUUACACGCACACAAUUGUACCCUAAAUAUCAGAGCAACGGUAGCUAGAUGAACGAAGAUAGUUAGUGUCAUCGUGGUAAUAAUUCGGACUAGCAUCUUAUUAAUUACCUACGGUGGUUGUCAACAGUGGACAGCAGUGCAAUUACCCAACAUCAACAAAUCACGCUGUGUUGUGUCACACGAAACUGAUGUUACGAAUCAGAGUUGCCAUCAGUAGCCUCGCGUAGCACAACCACCCUCAAGAGUGCAGUUUAAUUCCAUAUACGAAUCGAAGAGUGUUUGUUCCCUUGCGCUUGACUGUGUUACUUUUUUAUUUUAAUUGUGCGAGUGUGUGGUUUAAGUCAUAAAUUGAGAAGAAAAAUAUAAGUCAGAAAGUAGUGAAGAAGUGAAAAGUGUAUGGUAUCGCACUUCUGGCCUCAGUUCCUAGAUUCAAUAGGUUAAAUCUAUUCCCAUUAGUGCAAACGCCAAUAGUAUCGAAAAUAACAAAGGCAUCGAUUAUUGUGAGGUGUUAACCUUCAGUGCAGUUAACAAGCAAUAGCAGCAUCACCGCUAGUGGAAUUAAAAAGUCGGAAAAAUACAUUGAUGCGUACUGGUAUGUGUUGUUAUUGUAAUACCACGACGGCAUGAAAUAAUCGGCUGCUUGACGCAUUCCGUUCUGAAGUUUUUUGGUGUACUACAAGAAAACGAAAGAACCAAGAUCGGUGAUAGAUGAACGUGAGAGCAAACAUACGGGAAAUCACAUAGUUGCGAUAGCGGUUUCCAUAAAUGCAAAGUGUGAUUGGGAGCUGGAGGCACCGAUUUGCCACCCAUUCGUUGGAACAGGAGAAAAAAUGAAUAAAUUAGAACAUACGCGCAGGAGUGGAACUCAAAAAAUUCGAAUCACAAUUCUAUGCGCCCGUCACUUGGCUCGGAAGGAUUAUUUUCGACUGCCCGAUCCGUUUGCUAAAAUUCGAGUCGAUGGAACACCGCAGGAGUAUAAAACGGAGAUUUGCAAGGCGUCGCUGGAACCACGAUGGAACACUCACUACGAUCUGUUUCUGGGGAAGAACGACAACAUCACGAUAUCGAUCUGGAACCAGCGCAAGGUUCAGAAACGCCAGGGUUCCGGUUUUCUGGGAUGCGUACGCAUUAUGGCUGGCACGAUACAGAGACUGAAGGAUACGGGAUACCAACGACUGGAGCUGUGCAAAGCCUCACAAGACGACCCAGAUCCCGUUAAAGGUCAAAUCAUCGUUUCGCUCAUGUCCCGAGAUGGAACCACCGGUGGUACUCCGUUGGCAAUAGUGGGUCCAACCGGUGACGUUCGUGGUCCGGAUGAUGACGAUAAAAUCGUUAAAGACGAACUGCCCACCGGAUGGGAGGAACGUUUGACGCAAGAUGGACGUGUGUACUAUGUGAAUCAUGUCACCAAGACGACUCAGUGGUCUCGUCCAACGGAACCGGCCAGUACGGUACAGCCAGCAUUGAGUAAUGGAAGCAGUAACAACAGUAGUGCCGAUUCAAUUCCACCGGGACCGUCGAAAUCGGCUACCAACAAUAGUAUCAAUAGUAUACAAUCGAAUGAUUCCAGUAGUAGACGGCACUCGGCGGAAAUAAUGCUCAAUAACUCCAACAACAAGGAAAACUGCAAUUCAAACAAAGAACGAACAAAAGAUUUAGACUGCACCAGUACGGGGCUUCUGAAUAGUGCAUUGUUGAAUCCAGGUGGUACCGGAGGGUUGGGUCGUAACGAUGCAAAAAGUCCUGUGCGAAUACGAGACGAAAAUAUUCUGAUUACACCAAGCUCAAGCACUAGCCCACUUAGUGAAAUCAAUAGUCCAGUGACAACGAAAACAAACGCAGAACAUUCAACGCCUAGAAACUCGGGUUCGGCAAGGGACCUUCUACCGUUAUCAGGACUGCCAAAUGCAAUAGGUUCCUUGUCAAUCGAUCCGUCCAACAUGCGAACACCGCAACCAAAUGGAAAUAUUCCGAAUUUGAGCUGCAAUUCAGCUUCCAGUAGCACGAAUAGUACCAAUAAUCACAACAGCAACUGCACAAAUACACACAACACGAGCGCCAAUAUUUCAUCCCUGAACAAUUCCAUUUCUAGCAACACCAGCAACGGAAUGCUGAUGAAUGGUACAACCAUUUCAAGUUGCAAUAACAAUAGUUCGAAUAGCAAUGGCAAUAGCCACUCACCGACGCAUGGUGCCACGGGUUCUCCCAGGGACACAGGCAACGCGAAUAGUUUGACUGUACAACAACAAGUGCCUUCUUAUUUACCCGCUUCAAGCGUUAAUCUACCUAACGGCAAUAAUCGGGUGCAGGACAUUAACUCGAUUGAAGCGCACUCCAUUUCCGGUCGAUCACAACCUCAACCCCAACAACCGGCGCCUUCUACAGGUGGAAACAGCGGAAGUGAUGGGUCCCGAGAGUCAUCAGCUCAGCGAACACGUCGUUCCACUCGAAGUACUACGGAGGAACCAUCUUCGCGCAGACGAUCAUCCAGAACAGCACGGCCACCACUUGUAAUGCCACCGCCACAAACAAGAGGCAGUGCGCCACUGGUACGGCCUGCUGUAGACUUACCGCCAGGAUAUGAAAUGAGAACCACUCAGCAGGGGCAGGUUUACUUUUAUCAUAUACCAACCAAAAUGUCAACGUGGCACGAUCCCCGAAUACCUCGCGACUUUGAUACGCAAAACAUUGCACCGGAAACAUUGGGACAGCUUCCGCACGGUUGGGAACAGCGUAAAACAGCCUCCGGACGUGUUUACUUUGUCGAUCACAACAAUCGAACGACUCAGUUUACGGAUCCUCGCUUAAAUGGGCACAUUCUGCAUAUGAUUCGAAAACAGGCACAACAAACACCAUUGGCGGUUGCUGCUGGACCCAGUACCAGUGCCGCAGGUGCUAGCGGGUGUUCUUCUCCAGCGGCUUCUGCAACCGCCCUUGGCCCUAUUUCCAGUGCAGGACCACAAGUUUCGAAUGGAGUGGCUUCCUCAAGCUCCGGCAGUUCUCGUUUGAUGCCGAGUACUGAAGUGGCCACCUCUAGUAGCAAUGGUUUAUUAAUGGACACGACACCACAUCGGACUACAACCUGUAACAUUGCAGAUCUUCCACAGGGUUUACUGGACGGUGCCGAGUUGUUACCCAAAUAUAGACGAGAUUUGGUUGGUAAAAUCCGAUCGUUGAGGGCUGAGCUGCAAUCGCUGCAACCACAUUCGGGCCACUGUCGCUUGGAAGUAUCUCGACAUGAAAUCUUCGAGGAGAGCUACAGACUGAUCAUGAAAAUGCGACCACGAGAUAUGCGCAAGCGACUGAUGGUUAAAUUCAAGGGCGAAGAAGGAUUGGAUUACGGUGGUGUUGCACGAGAGUGGCUUCAUCUGUUGUCUCGAGAAAUGCUCAAUCCACAGUAUGGACUGUUCCAGUAUAGUGGUGACGAUCGAUACUCAUUACAGAUUAACCAAGAUUCUGGAAUAAAUCCCGAUCACCUGUCGUAUUUCCACUUUGUUGGACGAAUACUGGGCGUUGCGGUGUUUCAUAACCACGUGCUGGAUGGAGGCUUUACACUGCCCUUCUAUAAGCAGCUGCUCAACAAACCCAUUACACUGAACGACAUCGAAGAUGUCGAUCCGGAUUUGCACAGGAGUUUGACAUGGAUGCUUGAAAACAAUAUUACCGGAGUGAUAGAAUCGACGUUUAGUGUUGAAAACAAUAGUUUCGGGGCCCUUAAGGUACACGAGCUGAAGCCGAACGGUGCAUCACUGCCAGUUACCGAAGACAACAAACGCGAAUACGUUAAGCUUUACGUGAAUUAUCGAUUUAUGCGUGGAAUCGAACAGCAAUUCUUAGCUUUAUCUAAAGGUUUUGGCGAGCUAAUACCAAGUCAGUAUCUGCGACCGUUUGACGAACGCGAACUGGAGCUGGUGAUUGGAGGAAUCAGCAAAAUUGAUGUCAACGACUGGAAAGCCCACACACGGCUGAAGCAGUGCACACCGGAGACACCACAAAUCUUAUGGUUUUGGCAGAUUGUGGAAUCCUACUCACCAGAGAUGCGUGCUCAGCUGCUCCAGUUCGUGACCGGAUCCUGUCGGGUGCCGCUCCAGGGUUUCCGUGCUUUGCAAGGCUCGACCGGAGCCGUUGGUCCGCGGUUAUUCACUAUUCAUCUGACGGCAGAUGCUCCUCUUCAAAACCUUCCGAAAGCACAUACUUGCUUCAACCGGAUUGACCUACCGAUGUACGACUCGUAUCAGUUGAUGUACGACAAACUAACGCAGGCCGUUGAAGAGACGUGCGGAUUCGCUGUCGAGUAGGGAACAUAUGACCUUUGGGGGUCUAUCGCUGCGCGUGGAUUUUCGGUCGUUUUGUUUUCUGUAGAAUAAAUCACUCGACAUGCGCCUAAUAAGAUGGCGAUAAAUAAUGAAUUUUAAUUUUUCAGUAUAUUAAACUAACAGGAAGCGAAAUGUUUGGCUGAUUUUUCCUCUUUCGACAUAGCACAAGAGGAAGUAAUCAGUCUUGGGAAUGAAUUCAACAACCUUGAAUUUCUUUUUUUGGAAACGAUCGGAACAAAGCUCAUUCGAAAUGCCUUCGAAGGAGAACUGACUUUGAUCCAAUUUUAGAUAACAAGCCAAUUGAAAAAAAAUCUAGUGUUCUAACAACCGUACAAUUUUCUUGCUAGUGAACAGUAAAUUACUAAUCAAAUGUUUUUAAAUCAAACCAAGUGAAGUAGAGAAUCAACAACAGUUUUUCAUUAGCAAUUGUUACAUAGUUGAACACGGUAGCUCAACAAAUUUUUAAAGUAUCCAUACAUCAAGUAAAAUCGAACAUAGUUAACUAUUUCAUCAACUUUUUAUAGACCGUUUUUUGAGAUCGAUUCCAAUGCGAAAUUUUCGGAACACGUUUGGAAUUUUUGGCGAGACUUUUCUGUAGCGAAUGAAACAUAAUCGGUUAAUCCAAGUAAGUGAUAUUUAGCGGUUUUGAAAUUUUAAAUUGCAACAGAAAACUACGAAAAUAUAAUGAGAUUAUAAUCUAGUAGAUAAACAAUAUUGUCUUAUUGUUCAGCAAGCGAUGUUUUGUCAAUGCGAAGGGUAUAACACUUUAGUAGAUCAAAAUACCGAGCUGGAAGCCAAUCCAGAAGGAGAAAUUUAUCGAUCAGAUAAAAAAAUGAACAUAUUUAUUGUAGGAAAAGGUUAUACAAUUUUCAAGAACACUAUCGCAUGUUCUAACCUAUGGAAAGGUAGAGUGAUUCAUCGAUAUUUUGUUAAAGAUUUGUUAAGUAGCGUUACAUGUAUACAUAGAGAACCGAUUGGUAUGUAUAUUGGGAAUCGAGUUAGCGUUUUCAGUAACCUUUAACCAUCAUCCUUUCUAGAUAAAGUUAAGAGAAAAAACAGUCCCCGUUUUGUACAUAGAAUCAUAGUCACCUAUUGAUAACCUACUGAUAAAGGAUAACUUGCAAGCUGUGCUGAAUAUGUAAUGAAGAGUUGUAUUCGAAUAUGAAACAUGAAUCACCUUCCAUAAUUUGCUAGAAAUGUAUUUAAUUCGAACUGCGAAUAAAAGUGGGCUAGUAAUAUGAGUACCCUUACGUGCUGUUGAGUUGAAUUCAUUUAGUUCCAGCCUAAUAAUAUGGACGAAUAGGAUCGAAAUAGUUAGACUUUUUUUAUAUCAACUUCGCUGGUAUGCGAGACUUCGUGUUCCCUGUCACUAGGUUUAGUGCGAUCAGAAUUCAGUUGAGAUCGUUUCCUCGAAAUAAAUAGGUAGGAUUUAUCAAACUGUAUGUGAUUGUGGAAUGUGGAAUGCAGCAAAGCAGAAGUUUACGUUGGUCCGCAUAUAAUCGAUAGAAACGUAAGAAAAAACCACAACGUAUAUAAAUAUUAUUGUAAAUUAUAUUGAAUCAUUUUAUACAGUUA